CAGCAAUACCUGAACACCUUCUACGGCUGCCCCAAAGAGAGUUGCAACCUGUUUGUGUUGAAAGACACCCUGAAGAAGAUGCAGAAAUUCUUCGGUCUACCCCAGACGGGUGACCUCGACCAGAACACCAUCGAGACCAUGCGGAAGCCGCGCUGUGGCAACCCCGACGUGGCCAACUACAACUUCUUCCCCCGAAAACCCAAGUGGGACAAGAACCAGAUCACAUACAGGAUCAUCGGCUACACGCCUGAUCUGGACCCCGAGACAGUGGAUGACGCCUUCGCACGCGCCUUCCAGGUCUGGAGUGAUGUCACACCCCUGCGUUUUUCUCGCAUCCACGAUGGAGAUGCUGACAUCAUGAUCAACUUUGGCCGCUGGGAGCACGGGGACGGCUACCCUUUUGACGGCAAGGACGGGCUCCUGGCACACGCCUUUGCCCCGGGCGCCGGUGUUGGGGGAGACUCCCACUUUGAUGACGACGAGCUGUGGACCCUGGGAGAAGGGCAAGUGGUCCGAGUCAAGUACGGGAACGCAGACGGGGACUACUGCAAGUUCCCCUUCCUGUUCAACGGCAAGGAGUAUAACAGCUGCACUGACACGGGCCGCAGCGACGGCUUCCUCUGGUGUUCCACCACCUACGACUUCGACAAGGAGGGCAAGUACGGCUUCUGCCCCCACGAAGCCCUGUUCACCAUGGGCGGCAAUGCCGACGGACAGCCCUGCAAGUUCCCGUUCCGCUUCCAGGGCACGUCCUACGACAGCUGCACCACCGAGGGCCGCUCGGACGGCUACCGCUGGUGCGGCACCACCGAGGACUACGACCGCGACAAGAAGUAUGGCUUCUGCCCGGAGACCGCCAUGUCCACCGUGGGCGGGAACUCGGAAGGCGCCCCCUGCGUGUUCCCCUUCACCUUCCUGGGCAGCAAGCACGAGAGCUGCACCAGCGCGGGGCGCAGCGACGGCAAGAUGUGGUGCGCCACCACAGCCAACUACGACGACGACCGCAAGUGGGGCUUCUGCCCCGACCAAGGGUACAGCCUGUUCCUGGUGGCGGCUCAUGAGUUUGGCCACGCAAUGGGGCUGGAGCACUCCGAGGACCCAGGAGCCCUGAUGGCCCCUAUUUACACCUUCACCAAGAACUUCCGGCUGUCCCAUGAUGACAUCAAAGGCAUCCAGGAGCUCUACGGGGCCUCACCUGAUACUGACACUGGCACUGGCACCGGCCCCACCCCCACGCUGGGCCCCGUCACUCCUGAGAUCUGCAAGCAGGACAUUGUCUUUGACGGAAUCUCACAGAUCCGUGGGGAGAUCUUCUUCUUCAAGGACCGGUUCAUUUGGCGGACAGUGACGCCGCGUGACAAGCCUACAGGGCCGCUGCUCGUGGCCACGUUCUGGCCGGACCUUCCAGAGAAGAUCGAUGCUGUGUACGAGGCCCCUCAGGAGGAGAAGGCUGUGUUCUUUGCAGGGAAACAAUACUGGGUCUAUUCUGCCAGCACCCUGGAGCGAGGGUACCCCAAGCCGCUGACCAGCCUGGGACUGCCCCCCAGUGUUGAACGAGUGGAUGCAGCCUUUAAUUGGAGCAAGAAUAAGAAGACAUACAUCUUUGCUGGAGAGCAGUUCUGGAGGUACAAUGAAGUGAAGAAGAAAAUGGACCCCGGCUUCCCCAAGCUCAUCGCAGACGCCUGGAAUGCCAUCCCCGAUCAACUGGACGCCGUGGUGGAUCUGCAGGGCAGUGGUCACAGCUACUUCUUCAAGGGUGCCUAUUACCUGAAGCUGGAGAACCAAAGUCUGAAGAGCGUCAAGUUUGGAAGCAUCAAAUCUGACUGGCUGGGCUGCUAAGCCGCUCCUGUCCACAGACCCCUCCUCUCUGUUACCUCCAUGCAGAGGGGCUCCGGGACCCUGGCACCAGGGAAGCCCCGGGUGGGCCUGGCAGCCUUCAGCUCUGUAGUUAAUCAGCAUUCUCACCCCGCCUGGUAAUUUAAGAUUCCAGAGAUGGGCUCUGCCCUGUGCCCGAGAAAAGGUGCUGAUUGUACCCCUCCAGGUGCCACUGCCUGCCCACCACCCAUCCGCCCUCCAGAACCACCCCAAAGGGGUACCUUGGUAUUUUGAUGCAGCCCAGCCUGGGGCUGUUGUCUCUGGUGCUGCCCCCUCUCCGGCUCAUCCCGCACCACCUCCGUGGCUCACAGCAUCUGCAGACCCAGCAGACUCAGGAGGGCGCUGGUGACCCUUCCUGGCCAGCCCAGAGCUGCAGGGCAGGGCGUGGCCGCAGCCAGCACAGACACCUGGCGUCAGGCAGGCACUUUCUUCUUUCCUUUGCUCUUUUCCAUUUUCCCACUCUGAAGCUGGAGUCGGGUUGUCCGAAGAAGCUUUGUCACCCCGAUGGAUCUCAGCCCACCAAGCUGUGGCUGCCUUGCCGUUUCGAAUGGCCUUGCCCGCCUCUGCCUCCACUGGAUGGGGGACAGCCACAGGGGCUCCCCUCAGCGGUCCCCUCCUCUCCCUGCAACAAUUCCCCAAUGGGAAACUUCGGCAAGUAUGAAUAAAGACACCAGCUGAGUGGCCGUGUCUGCGGACGUUCUCGGAGCUGGGAAAGGGUCCCGGCCUCAGCCAGAGGGGGGAAUUUCAAAGGUCUAAAACUCUGCUGCCUGCAGGGCUGGAUGGCUGCUGGGAAGAUGCCAGAAUAAACCAGAGGCCAAAGGGUGGGUGAGCUGGCAGCCCCUUUUGCCAAAGCGAUUCUGGUAC